AUUUUUAAACCAAACUUUGUAACAGUAACAAUAAUAACAACACUGUUCGGUUUUUUUCUCUUCUUCGCCAUGUCUCUUUCACACACACACUCUCAUUUCAACACAACAGAACCAUAUUUGUAUUCUACUUCACUCUCUCACUCUCAAAAUCCUUCUUCUUCUUCCUUUCUUAUCUUCACUUUCACACAUUUCAUUUCUUCUUCUUCUGCUGCUGCUCAAACAACAACCGUUCAAUGCAACUGCAAAAGAUAUAAAGGAUUGAUAUAGGAUCACUUCAAAUGUCAAGACUGUUUUGCUAUUUCUGUAGAGGAAUCUUUGGAUUAAGAUUCUUUUUUUUCUGUUUUAGGGUAGUCUUAUAGGAAAUAGAGUAAUCAAAGUCUUGGAUGGUUAUGGUUAUUGAGUGAUAUCUGUUGAGAAAGGAAGUUUUUAGGGAUUAUUAGUUUAGUUGCGGCAAUGAAUCGAGAACAGAAGCGAGGGAAGGUUGAAAAAGGUUGUGAGGGUGCUGAGAAGGUUAUUGUCGCGGUUAAGGCGUCGAAGGAAAUUCCGAAGACUGCGCUUGUUUGGUCUUUGACUCAUGUUGUUCAGCCUGGUGAUUGCAUUACACUGUUAGUGGUCGUGCCUUCGCAGAGUUCAGGCCGGAAACUAUGGGGCUUUCCGCGGUUUGCUGGUGACUGUGCGAAUGGACACAAGAAGUCAGCAACUGCGGGAGCUAGUUCGGAGAACAAGAAUGAUAUCACUGAUUCUUGCUCUCAAAUGAUUCUUCAGCUUCAUGAUGUCUAUGAUCCUAAUAAGAUAAAUGUCAGGAUUAAAAUUGUUUCUGGAUCACCUUGUGGAGCUGUGGCUGCGGAAGCUAAGAAAGUACAAGCCAAAUGGGUUGUAUUAGACAAACAUCUCAAGCACGAAGAAAAACAAUGCAUGGAAGAGCUGCAAUGUAACAUCGCGGUUAUGAAGGGUUCUCAACCUAAGACACUUCGCUUGAAUUUGGUUGGAUCACAAAAGAAGGAUCUUGAAGAAACAUGUCAAUUACCUUCUGAGCAGCAUGAGAUGCCUGGAAAACAAUCCAACAAGAAGAAUGGUUCUUCGAACUCCACGUUAGGAAUUCUGACGCCAACUAGCAGCCCUGAGCUAGAGACAUCGUUUACUGCUACAGAAGCUGGCACUUCAUCGGUUUCAAGCUCUGAUCAUGGAACUUCGCCGUUUUGUGUCUCCGAGAUCAUUGCCAAGUCAAAGAAAGAGGAGACUAUCAAAGAAAAUCAAGAAACUGAUGAGACUAUUUCUGACACGGACAGUGAAAGUUUGUGCACAUCUUCCGCAAGCUUGAGAUUUCAGCCGUGGAUGUCGGAUUUAUUUUUACGUAAACAGUCAUCUCAACGUGAAGAGAAACGGUCAGAGAGUUCGCGUAAUUUGCUUCAAACUUCCACCACAACAAGAGCUUUGCUAGAAAAGUUCUCGAGGCUUGACAGAGAAGCCGAAAUGGAAAUCUCAACCUCUAUGUCAUACUUGGAAUUCAGUGGAAGCGUUAGAGAAGCAGUAGCGUUAUCUAGAAACGCCGCACCUGGCCCACCUCCAUUAUGUUCAAUAUGUCAACACAAGGCUCCUGUGUUUGGAAAACCUCCAAGAUGGUUCAGCUACGCAGAGUUGGAGCUAGCCACUGAUGGAUUUUCGCCGACUAAUUUCUUGGCAGAAGGAGGGUUUGGAUCUGUUCAUAGGGGAGUUCUACCCGAAGGGCAAGUCAUUGCUGUCAAGCAACAUAAGUUGGCUAGCUCUCAGGGUGAUCUUGAGUUCUGCUCAGAGGUAGAAGUCCUGAGUUGUGCACAGCAUCGGAAUGUUGUUAUGUUGAUUGGGUUCUGUAUAGAGGAUAAGAGAAGACUUCUGGUUUAUGAAUACAUAUGCAACGGAUCAUUGGAUACUCAUUUAUACGGGAGACAGCAGAAACCGUUGGAAUGGUCUGCGCGGCAGAAAAUUGCAGUUGGAGCUGCCCGAGGGUUGCGAUAUCUUCAUGAAGAGUGCAGAGUGGGAUGCAUUGUUCACCGUGACAUGCGGCCUAACAACAUUCUUAUCACUCACGAUUUUGAACCGCUGGUUGGUGAUUUUGGACUGGCAAGGUGGCAGCCUGAUGGAGACACCGGAGUGGAAACUCGAGUUAUUGGGACAUUUGGGUAUUUGGCUCCUGAAUAUGCUCAAAGUGGACAAAUAACUGAAAAGGCUGAUGUUUAUUCCUUUGGAGUGGUAUUAGUGGAGCUUGUGACCGGGCGUAAAGCGGUCGAUAUCAACCGGCCCAAAGGACAGCAGUGUCUUACAGAGUGGGCGCGACCACUGCUAGAAGAGUAUGCCAUUGAAGAACUAAUUGAUCCAAGGUUGGGAAGUCGCUAUUCAGAACACGAAGUCUCUUGCAUGCUACAUGCAGCAUCAUUAUGCAUAAGGCGAGAUCCUUAUUCGAGACCACGCAUGUCACAGGUUUUGCGAAUACUAGAGGGCGACACGGUCAUGGAAUCACCACGCCAAUUCGGCGGUUCCCCUUCCCUAUGAAAAGCUCACUCGGAAGAACUAAACUACAGAACUGCGUGUUGCAAAAGUGGUUCGCCAUGAAAACUGCAUUCUUGUGGUGCUUUUGAUUUAUAUAGUUAGUUUCAUUUCUAUAAUUUUGCUUAUUUGUAUAGUAGAUAUUUAUAGAAUAGGAGUCAAAACCUUGAAAUUGUUUUAGAAAUUUUGUAAACAUGUGCCUGUAAAAAUGGCCUUCAACAAGUUCAUGGAGCUUUUAUAGUAUAUAUAGCUCUUCUAUGCUCUUCAAGUGAUUAAAAAAGCUUUUGUAA